ACAAAUUAUCUUUAUUGUCACCCCCAUCCCUGCAAACCCAAUAUACAGUGGUAACUCAGGGACAGAUAACUAUAAUACAUUCUCUCAUUCAGAAAAAAAUGUGAUACUGAGCAAUACUAUUCAUGUAUAAUAAUGAUGAAAUACUGCAUAAACAUUUUGCGGCCCAUCUCCUUGAAACUGAAGAAAGUUCUGAUGAAACUCCAAUUCUAGUCUUCAGGAGAAACUCCCUGUCCAGUCUUUAGUACAGCUCCUUAUACGAGCUUCUGAAAUGUUCUUUUUUUGUCCAUCAUUCUCCACGGCCACAUCCUAUGUGGGUACUCGGGAGCUGUUAAGGUUUUAUGCUCUAUUUUUCUACUUAUGCAAGCUUGGGGUUGGACAGUUACCCUCUGUUUUAACACCCGAACAAUGAUAUUUGAGCCAGAUUUAGUAUGAUUAAUAAAAUUCCUCUAAAAAUGUAGUCUUCUGAUUGAUUUGCUUCUGGUAACUACACCCAAAGUUCUUUCUUACAUAAUUAUCAAGCCUAAUUUACUGCUUUGCUGCUUUGCUCCUAUGCCAGUUCCUUUAGACCUUUAUCGUAGCUAUCUUGAAGCCAUCUAAAAUAAUGACUUUGAAUGGAAAGACCAAACCCUUUUCCUGAUCUUUGUUGCAGGACUUAAUCUCAAGGGUAACUAUACUCAAGACCUCUUCUAGUUUUUUUUUUUUUAUUAGAAGUCUUAUAAAAGUCAACUUUUCCAACCCUUCCUGAGAAAUAUUCCUGUACACUCUCACUUCUGUGAAGUAUUUCCUGAGUUUCUCUCUUUAGUAAAACCUUACUAAAAGUAAAAUAUAAAAUUCAACACAGUAUUACUUUUGCUCUUUUCAAUCAUUUCCUCUGGAGCUAAUCUAAACAGAUAUGUGAUCUGAUUUUGAAUUAUUUCAGGUAACAGUUUUACUAAUUACUUUGCCACUGCAAACAUGGGCCUCCUUUUUCUAGCCUCCAAAUCACAUUCUCUACCACCUGCUGCAUCAUAAAUAAGCUGAUGUAACAUAUUUUAGGUUAUUGUCUUAGCAGUACUCCACUUCUUGUACCAAUUUCUGGACUAGCUAUGGUCAUUCUAGCUCCUAUACAUAUAAAUUCUCAAAUCUCAAUUUUUUCUCUUACAAUAAGUGCAAAAAGGGGUGUUUCUAAUUGGGGUGGCUCUCUUCCAAGUACUGUUUCAGCCACUCAUUCUUCUUCUCUUUUCUGGCUUUGGCAUCUCCAAUACAUAGUUUUGAAGGUCACCAUGCUCAAAGGCAUCAAGUUGACGAAGAAAGAGUAAGGGAGAAUAGGAGGACUUCAUUAACCCUAAAAAUGAGCACAUCAUUUCCAUUCAUAUUUAAUUGGCUAGAAGUUAAUCACGGCCAGGCUCGGGGGCUCACGCCUGUAAUCCCAGCACUUUGGAAGCCGAGGUGGGGGAAUCACCUGAGGUCGGGAGUUCGAGACCAGCCUGACCAACAUGGAGAAACCGUGUCUCCACUAAAAAUACAAAAUUAGCCACGUGUGAUGGCACAUGCCUGUAAUCCCAGCUACUUGGGAGGCUGAGGCAGGAGAAUCGCUUGAACACGGGAGGCGGAGGUUGCGGUGAGCUGAGAUUGUGCCAUUGCAUUCCAGCCUGAGCAACAAGAGCUAAACUCUGUCUCAAAAAAAGAAGUUCAUCACAUGACUAUAACCAACUACAAGGAAAGCCGUGAAAUUUAGUUUAGCUGUGUGUCCAGGAAGAAGAAAUAAGUUUCAUGGGCUAGUCAGUCCCUGCCAGAGGUUCUAACGGGGGGGGAAAAAAAAGUUAGAUAAAAAUAAAAGAAAGUGACUUUACAGGCCUUGUCCAUUUUAAUAGUUUUGAACCUUAUCCUACUAGUGAAAUAGGAUCAUCAUUUCACUAUUAAAGAGCAAAAAACUCAUUUUCUUCCAAACAAUGAGAUUACUUUAAAGAGAGCAUUUUUGGUAGCACGAUGGACACAGAGACUAGACUGCAGAGGGCUGACAAGUCAAUUUCAGAAAACAAAAAAGACACUGAAUGUAGACACUUUUUUUUUUUUGAGAUGGAGUCUCGCUCUGUCGCCCAAGCUAGAGUGCAGUAGCAGGAUCUCAGCUCACUGCAAACUCCGCCUCCCAGGUUCAAGCGAUUCUCCUGCUUCAGCCUCCUGAGUAUAGAAUACUUUCUAAAGAAAGAAAGUUUGCUUGUGAAGGAAAUAAUUGAAAGCUACAGAAGAAUUAGCUAAGGAACCAGAAUUUGUAGAAGGUUGACAACAGAAAAGAUAAUAAAUGCAUGAGAAAGAGGGGUAUUGGAACUAGAAUAUGUAUGAAGAGUUAAUCUCACAUAUGAACAGGGAGUCUCUCAUUCGUUGAUACUGGAGAAAAGGCAAUCUCAGGAAAUUUCUAGCAUUUGGUAAAUUUUCUAAGUUAAAAGUCAUAUAAUGAAAUGGGCUGGGAUUUAAAGAUUGCGAAAAGUAUUCAAGUGGAAAGGGAGAAAAAGAUGCUGAAGAAUAUACAAAGUAGGAGGGAGGGAUGCAGCUGAAAUUAUAAAAUCUAAAUCAGUAGUGGUGAGAUACACAAUGCAGUGCUCUGUUCUGCACUGGAACUCAGCAACGACUGUAGGAGAGGAAUAGGCAGAUGGUUACCACUCCGUAUAUAUAUUUACUAUAGCACUUAUUACACUGUAAAGCCCCUGGAAACAAGAGACUUUGAUUCCACAAAUUAUGCACACAGUAGGCACAUGAUGAAUUUUUGUUUGAAUGAAUUGAUUUAGUCAUUGCCAAUUCUGCCAUGGUACUCUGUAGAGUACUGGCAACUGCCCACAUUUCAUAUGCUAUGCCAAUGCUAAAAAGAAAAAAAAUGCUAAAAAAAAAAAAAUCCAGGCAUAUUCAGCUAAACUUAGCAGUCUUAAAAUGGCAACUAUGUCAGCUGAGACAUACUUUUAAUCUUGUGCCAGUACAUCUGUCUUUGAUGUUUGCUUCAUUUUCCGUAUGCCACUAUACUCCUACUAGACCAGAAAGGGAUAAUUCUGAGUUCAAUGGGCUCCACUAUCAUUUCAAAAGUCCUGAAACUUCUUCAGACACCUAAAAAUGAACCCACAACCCCCAUCACAGCAUUCCUUCCGAGAGAAGUAUACAGACAACAAUCAUUAUUUAUGCUUGCUUCCAAGCUGAAUCGAAGAGGGCCGGAAGAGCUAAAUCAGGGUCAUUCAGUGAAUCGUCUACAAAGUCUGCACAGACCCACGCAUCCUUCCCGUGUCUUCCUCCCCUUGGAAACUUGAGGUGUAAGUAAUGAUCUUAGACAUCUCCUAAUCGGCUGCCUUCAUAUUACACACGUGUAAACUCAGGUAGAGGAUGUCUAUGAGCCGAGCUUAAACUCAGGUAAAGAAGGCUCUUUUCCCAACACGACGCCAUCUCUCAUGAUCCAAAGCUCUAUCUCUCGAUUUGGCGGUGGAAAAAAAUGACCAGGAAUAAAACUACGUACAGCAGUCCAGAACGAGGCCCCACCUCCCGGAUCUGGCGGACCGGCCUCCCGUCAGCAAAGUGUCUGGACCGCGCUUCCGCACCUCACACUGCCCGGGGCCGGCUUCUCUCCAGCCUCCCCGUACUCCCCACACGAAGAAGCACUGCGCGCCCGCGGGGCCCCAGACCCGGCCCUUGAAAUCUCACUUUCGCCUUUCGGCCACCCGCGCGCCACGGCUCAGGCGACGGCUGAUGGCGUCACUGCACUUCCGCCUGCGGCUGCGUUCUAAUCACAAGCCAGGAAGGAAGAAGGGAGAGCUGCAGGGCUGUGUGUGCGGGAAAUAGCGAGGAAAGAGAAGAAAUCCGGGAGCUCGCGGGCGCUCUGGUUGCAAUCGCGCCCCCCUCAUCUGUCCCCGCCGUUCCCCUUCGGAAGCUGCCCCAGGCACACUUCCCCGGCUUCUUUCCAGUCUCCUCUCCUCUGGUUCUCCCGACACCCGGUCUCCCUCUUACGCCUCACCCUCCUUCCCUUGCUCCCUCCCUCUCCCUCCCUCCCUCCCAUCGUCAGGCUCCCCGCCCUUAGUAUCGCGAGACGAGGUGAGAGCUGGCGGAGCGGCGGCGGCGGCGGCAGUAGAGGUGACCGAGGCGGUGGCGGCGGAGGCGGCACCGAUUGCUGUGUCGGCCCCAGUGCGGCCGAAGUCGCGGUAGAGCGUAGCCCCACGCCCCUCCCCCGUCCGCGCCCUCCCUCUUUCCCUGGGGAUGGAGAAGGCGACGGUUCCGGUGGCGGCGGCGACGGCUGCAGAAGGAGAAGGGAGCCCCCCGGCGGUGGCGGCUGUGGCGGGCCCCCCCGCGGCGGCGGAGGUCGGCGGCGGCGUUGGCGGCAGCAGCGGAGCUCGCUCGGCCUCGUCUCCUCGUGGGAUGGUGCGAGUCUGCGACCUGCUCCUGAAGAAGAAGCCGCCGCAGCAGCAGCACCACAAGGCCAAGCGUAACCGGACUUGCCGACCCCCCAGCAGCAGCGAAAGCAGCAGCGACAGCGACAACAGCGGCGGCGGUGGAGGCGGCGGUGGAGGCGGAGGUGGCGGCGGCGGCACCAGCAGUAACAACAGCGAGGAAGAAGAGGACGACGACGACGAGGAAGAGGAGGUUUCUGAGGUGGAGUCUUUCAUUUUGGAUCAGGAUGAUUUGGAAAAUCCAAUGCUGGAAACAGCUUCCAAGUUGCUCUUAUCAGGUACUGCUGAUGGUGCAGACCUCAGGACAGUAGAUCCAGAAACACAGGCUAGACUGGAAGCUUUACUAGAAGCUGCAGGAAUAGGAAAAUUGUCCACGGCUGAUGGUAAAGCCUUUGCAGAUCCUGAAGUACUUCGGAGGUUGACAUCGUCUGUUAGUUGUGCGUUGGAUGAAGCUGCUGCUGCACUUACCCGUAUGAGAGCUGAAAGCACAGCAAAUGCAGGGCAGUCGGACAACCGCAGUUUGGCAGAAGCCUGUUCAGAAGGAGAUGUAAAUGCUGUGCGAAAGUUACUCAUUGAAGGGCGAAGUGUAAAUGAACACACAGAGGAAGGGGAGAGCCUCCUUUGUUUAGCUUGUUCUGCUGGAUACUAUGAGCUUGCACAGGUUUUGUUGGCAAUGCAUGCAAAUGUGGAAGAUAGGGGAAUCAAAGGUGACAUUACACCUUUAAUGGCUGCUGCUAAUGGAGGACAUGUCAAAAUUGUGAAGUUGCUGCUAGCUCAUAAAGCAGAUGUUAAUGCACAGUCUUCAACAGGCAAUACAGCACUUACAUAUGCUUGUGCUGGAGGCUAUGUAGAUGUUGUAAAGGUGCUCUUGGAAUCUGGUGCUAGUAUUGAGGACCAUAAUGAAAAUGGUCAUACCCCUCUUAUGGAAGCUGGAAGUGCUGGACACGUGGAAGUAGCCAGAUUGCUGCUAGAAAAUGGGGCUGGCAUUAAUACGCAUUCUAAUGAAUUUAAAGAGAGUGCCCUUACCUUAGCUUGUUACAAAGGACACUUAGAGAUGGUGCGAUUUCUUUUGGAAGCAGGCGCGGAUCAAGAGCAUAAAACAGAUGAAAUGCACACUGCUCUGAUGGAGGCUUGCAUGGAUGGCCAUGUUGAAGUAGCUAGGUUACUUCUUGACAGCGGUGCCCAAGUGAACAUGCCUGCUGAUUCAUUUGAGUCACCAUUAACUUUGGCUGCAUGUGGUGGGCAUGUGGAACUUGCGGCUUUACUUAUUGAAAGAGGAGCUAGCCUGGAAGAGGUCAAUGAUGAAGGUUAUACACCAUUGAUGGAAGCAGCUCGAGAAGGACAUGAAGAAAUGGUGGCAUUACUUCUUGGUCAAGGAGCAAAUAUCAAUGCACAGACAGAAGAAACUCAAGAAACUGCCUUGACUCUGGCUUGCUGUGGAGGCUUUCUGGAAGUGGCAGACUUUCUAAUUAAGGCAGGAGCCGAUAUAGAACUAGGGUGUUCUACCCCUUUAAUGGAAGCUGCUCAAGAGGGUCAUUUGGAGUUAGUUAAAUACUUAUUAGCUGCAGGAGCUAACGUUCAUGCAACAACAGCAACAGGGGAUACAGCACUAACAUAUGCCUGUGAAAAUGGUCAUACUGAUGUAGCAGAUGUCUUACUUCAGGCAGGCGCAGAUCUGGAACAUGAAUCUGAAGGUGGAAGAACUCCUUUAAUGAAAGCUGCAAGAGCUGGUCAUGUUUGUACUGUUCAGUUCUUAAUUAGUAAAGGAGCGAAUGUGAAUAGAACCACAGCUAAUAAUGACCAUACUGUACUGUCCCUGGCUUGUGCAGGGGGUCAUCUGGCAGUGGUGGAACUACUUUUGGCUCAUGGGGCAGAUCCUACUCACCGUUUGAAAGAUGGCUCAACUAUGUUGAUAGAAGCAGCAAAAGGUGGCCAUACAAGUGUUGUUUGCUAUCUCUUGGAUUAUCCUAAUAACUUGCUUUCAGCCCCUCCACCAGAUGUCACUCAGUUAACUCCCCCAUCCCACGAUUUAAAUAGGGCUCCUCGUGUACCAGUUCAAGCACUGCCCAUGGUUGUUCCACCUCAGGAGCCUGACAAACCACCUGCCAAUGUUGCCACCACUCUUCCCAUCAGGAAUAAAGCUGCUUCUAAACAAAAGUCCAGCAGCCAUUUGCCAGCAAACAGCCAGGAUGUACAGGGUUACAUCACCAAUCAGUCUCCAGAGAGCAUUGUAGAAGAGGCUCAGGGAAAGUUAACAGAACUGGAACAGAGGAUAAAAGAAGCCAUAGAAAAGAAUGCACAGCUGCAGUCCUUGGAACUGGCUCAUGCUGACCAACUUACCAAGGAGAAGAUCGAGGAGCUCAACAAAACAAGGGAGGAACAAAUUCAGAAGAAACAAAAGAUUUUGGAGGAACUACAGAAAGUAGAACGAGAGUUACAACUGAAAACUCAGCAGCAGCUAAAAAAGCAGUAUCUAGAGGUUAAAGCUCAAAGAAUUCAACUUCAGCAACAGCAGCAACAGUCUUGCCAACACCUGGGAUUACUAACUCCUGUUGGAGUUGGAGAGCAGCUUUCUGAGGGAGACUAUGCACGGUUACAGCAAGUGGAUCCUGUUUUACUUAAAGAUGAACCCCAGCAGACUGCUGCUCAGAUGGGUUUUGCACCAAUCCAGCCUCUGGCGAUGCCUCAAGCUUUGCCUCUGGCGGCAGGUCCCUUGCCUCCAGGGUCCAUCGCAAAUCUUACAGAACUGCAAGGAGUGAUAGUUGGACAGCCAGUACUGGGCCAAGCACAGUUGGCAGGGCUGGGGCAAGGAAUUCUGACAGAAACACAACAAGGGUUAAUGGUAGCCAGCCCUGCUCAGACCCUCAAUGACACGCUGGAUGACAUCAUGGCAGCAGUCAGUGGAAGAGCAUCUGCAAUGUCAAACACUCCUACCCACAGUAUUGCUGCAUCCAUUUCCCAACCUCAGACUCCAACUCCAAGUCCUAUCAUCUCUCCUUCAGCCAUGCUUCCUAUCUACCCUGCCAUUGAUAUUGAUGCACAGACUGAGAGUAAUCAUGACACGGCGCUAACACUUGCCUGUGCUGGUGGCCACGAGGAACUGGUACAAACACUGCUAGAGAGAGGAGCUAGUAUAGAGCACCGAGACAAGAAAGGUUUUACUCCACUCAUCUUGGCUGCCACAGCUGGUCAUGUUGGUGUUGUGGAAAUAUUGCUGGACAAUGGUGCAGACAUUGAAGCUCAGUCUGAAAGAACCAAGGACACACCACUCUCCUUGGCUUGUUCUGGGGGAAGACAGGAGGUGGUGGAGCUAUUGUUAGCUCGAGGGGCAAAUAAAGAGCACAGGAAUGUUUCUGAUUACACACCUCUAAGUCUGGCUGCUUCUGGUGGCUAUGUGAACAUCAUCAAAAUAUUACUAAAUGCAGGAGCUGAGAUUAACCCUAGAACUGGUAGCAAAUUGGGCAUCUCUCCUCUGAUGUUAGCAGCUAUGAAUGGGCAUACAGCUGCUGUUAAGCUCCUGUUAGACAUGGGCUCUGACAUAAAUGCUCAGAUAGAAACCAAUCGGAACACUGCCCUUACUUUAGCCUGCUUCCAAGGAAGAACUGAAGUGGUUAGUCUUCUGCUUGAUAGAAAAGCAAAUGUUGAACACAGAGCUAAGACUGGUCUCACACCACUAAUGGAAGCUGCCUCUGGUGGAUAUGCGGAGGUGGGCCGAGUUCUUUUGGAUAAAGGUGCUGAUGUUAAUGCCCCUCCAGUUCCCUCCUCAAGAGAUACAGCUUUAACCAUAGCAGCAGAUAAAGGGCAUUACAAAUUCUGUGAGCUUCUUAUUGGCAGGGGAGCUCAUAUUGAUGUACGUAACAAGAAGGGGAACACUCCAUUGUGGCUAGCAGCAAAUGGUGGACACCUCGAUGUGGUUCAGUUACUGGUGCAAGCAGGUGCAGAUGUGGAUGCAGCAGAUAACCGCAAGAUAACUCCUCUUAUGGCAGCAUUUAGAAAGGGUCAUGUGAAGGUGGUGCGCUACUUAGUCAAAGAAGUCAAUCAGUUUCCAUCAGAUUCUGAAUGUAUGAGAUACAUAGCAACCAUCACUGAUAAGGAGAUGCUGAAGAAGUGUCAUCUUUGUAUGGAGUCAAUAGUACAAGCCAAAGAUAGACAGGCUGCUGAAGCAAACAAAAACGCCAGCAUUUUGUUAGAGGAGUUAGACUUGGAAAAGUUAAGGGAAGAAAGUCGGAGGCUGGCUUUGGCUGCGAAAAGAGAAAAAAGAAAAGAGAAGAGAAGGAAGAAAAAGGAAGAACAAAGAAGGAAACUAGAAGAAAUUGAAGCCAAAAAUAAAGAGAACUUUGAACUCCAAGCUGCUCAAGAAAAAGAAAAGCUUAAAGUUGAAGAUGAGCCUGAAGUCUUGACAGAACCUCCAAGUGCCACAACCACUACUACCAUAGGUAUAUCUGCAACCUGGACAACUUUGGCAGGUUCUCAUGGUAAAAGAAAUAAUACCAUAACUACAACCAGUUCAAAGAGGAAAAACAGGAAAAAUAAAAUUACUCCAGAGAACGUUCAAAUUAUAUUUGAUGAUCCACUACCAAUUUCAUACAGUCAGCCAGAGAAGGUGAAUGGAGAGUCCAAGAGCAGCAGUACCAGUGAGAGUGGGGACAGUGAUAACAUGAGGAUUUCCAGCUGCAGCGAUGAAAGUAGUAACAGCAACAGCAGUCGUAAGAGUGACAAUCAUUCACCAGCUGUGGUCACUACCACUGUGAGCAGCAAAAAGCAGCCAUCAGUUCUUGUUACAUUUCCAAAGGAAGAGAGAAAAUCUGUUUCUGGCAAGGCUUCAAUAAAAUUGUCAGAAACUAUCAGUGAAGGGACCAGUAAUUCUCUGUCUACUUGUACAAAAUCUGGUCCAUCUCCCCUUUCCUCUCCAAAUGGGAAGUUAACAGUAGCAAGUCCUAAGCGUGGGCAAAAGAGGGAAGAAGGAUGGAAAGAAGUUGUAAGAAGGUCAAAGAAAGUAUCUGUUCCAUCAACUGUGAUAUCCAGAGUGAUUGGAAGAGGAGGCUGUAAUAUCAAUGCUAUUCGGGAGUUUACUGGUGCACACAUAGAUAUCGAUAAACAGAAAGACAAGACUGGAGACCGGAUAAUCACUAUAAGGGGUGGCACUGAAUCAACAAGACAAGCAACUCAAUUGAUUAAUGCUUUGAUCAAGGAUCCAGACAAAGAAAUUGAUGAACUUAUUCCAAAGAAUCGUUUGAAAAGCUCCUCAGCAAAUUCCAAAAUAGGGUCAUCAGCACCUACCACCACUGCUGCUAACACUUCCUUAAUGGGAAUUAAAAUGACAACUGUAGCUCUGUCAUCAACAUCUCAAACUGCCACAGCACUCACUGUGCCUGCAAUUUCUUCUGCAUCCACUCACAAAACCAUUAAGAACCCAGUGAAUAAUGUGAGGCCUGGUUUUCCAGUUUCUCUUCCAUUAGCAUAUCCUCCUCCACAGUUUGCACAUGCUUUGCUUGCUGCUCAGACUUUCCAGCAGAUCCGUCCACCAAGGUUGCCCAUGACCCACUUUGGAGGUACUUUUCCACCAGCUCAAUCCACUUGGGGUCCUUUUCCUGUCAGGCCUUUGAGCCCUGCCAGAGCUACUAACUCGCCUAAGCCUCACAUGGUGCCUCGCCAUAGCAAUCAGAAUAGCAGUGGUUCUCAGGUGAAUUCAGCAGGUUCUUUAACUUCAAGCCCAACAACUACAACCAGUUCAUCAGCUUCAACGGUGCCUGGUACAUCUACAAAUGGCAGUCCAAGUUCACCUUCUGUCCGAAGGCAGCUUUUUGUCACAGUUGUGAAGACAUCCAAUGCCACCACAACAACAGUCACAACCACGGCAAGCAACAACAACACUGCACCCACAAAUGCCACAUAUCCUAUGCCUACUGCCAAAGAACACUAUCCAGUAUCAUCCCCAUCUUCCCCAUCACCACCAGCCCAGCCAGGAGGGGUUUCUAGAAACAGCCCUUUGGAUUGUGGAUCAGCAUCUCCAAAUAAAGUGGCAUCUUCCUCCGAACAGGAAGCAGGUAGUCCACCAGUAGUAGAAACAACAAACACUAGACCUCCAAACAGCAGCAGUUCUUCUGGGAGUUCAUCAGCUCAUUCUAAUCAGCAACAACCUCCGGGAUCUGUUUCUCAGGAACCAAGACCACCUCUUCAGCAGUCUCAGGUUCCUCCCCCGGAAGUUAGAAUGACUGUUCCUCCUUUAGCAACAAGUUCUGCUCCAGUGGCGGUGCCUUCUACUGCCCCAGUGACUUACCCUAUGCCUCAGACACCAAUGGGAUGCCCCCAGCCUACUCCUAAAAUGGAAACCCCUGCUAUUAGACCACCCCCUCAUGGCACAACUGCCCCUCACAAGAAUUCAGCUUCAGUGCAAAAUUCAUCUGUUGCAGUCCUCAGUGUCAAUCACAUUAAAAGACCUCACAGUGUUCCCUCUUCUGUCCAGCUACCUUCGACCUUAAGUACACAAAGUGCUUGUCAGAAUUCAGUACAUCCAGCAAAUAAGCCUAUUGCUCCCAAUUUCAGUGCCCCCUUACCAUUUGGGCCCUUUAGCACAUUGUUUGAAAACAGCCCUACUUCUGCUCAUGCCUUCUGGGGAGGAUCUGUUGUUUCAUCUCAGUCAACACCAGAAUCUAUGCUAUCAGGAAAAUCCUCAUAUUUGCCAAAUUCAGAUCCUUUACAUCAGUCUGAUACUUCCAAAGCUCCAGGUUUUAGACCACCAUUACAGAGACCUGCUCCAAGUCCCUCAGGUAUUGUCAAUAUGGACUCGCCAUAUGGUUCUGUAACACCUUCUUCAACACAUUUGGGAAACUUUGCUUCAAACAUUUCAGGAGGUCAGAUGUAUGGACCUGGGGCACCCCUUGGAGGAGCACCCGCAGCUGCUAACUUUAACAGACAACAUUUUUCCCCGCUUAGUUUGUUGACUCCGUGUUCAUCAGCAUCAAAUGAUUCUUCUGCACAGUCAGUAUCCUCGGGAGUUCGUGCACCAUCUCCUGCCCCAUCAUCAGUACCGUUAGGGUCAGAAAAGCCCAGCAAUGUGUCUCAGGACAGGAAAGUUCCAGUCCCUAUUGGGACUGAACGUUCUGCACGUAUCAGGCAAACUGGAACGUCAGCUCCAUCUGUUAUUGGGAGCAAUUUGUCUACAUCAGUAGGGCAUAGUGGCAUCUGGUCCUUUGAAGGGAUUGGUGGCAAUCAAGACAAAGUAGACUGGUGUAACCCUGGGAUGGGAAAUCCUAUGAUCCACAGACCGAUGUCUGACCCAGGAGUAUUUUCACAACAUCAAGCAAUGGAGCGAGAUAGUACAGGAAUUGUAACUCCUUCUGGUACAUUCCAUCAGCAUGUUCCUGCAGGCUACAUGGACUUUCCUAAAGUUGGGGGUAUGCCUUUUUCUGUGUAUGGGAAUGCAAUGAUUCCUCCAGUAGCACCUAUCCCUGAUGGUGCUGGAGGACCCAUAUUUAAUGGCCCUCAUGCUGCAGACCCUUCUUGGAACUCACUGAUAAAGAUGGUUUCCAGCUCCACGGAAAAUAAUGGCCCUCAAACGGUGUGGACUGGACCCUGGGCACCUCACAUGAACAGUGUGCAUAUGAACCAGCUUGGCUGAUGAGGAUCAGCUUGUUAGCCUGCAGAUUCCUUUUCAUUUGGAGGAAAUCACAAGUGGCCGAAAAAAAAAAAAUUAUGCUCCCAAAUCAUUCUACUGAUGUGCUUGACUGAAGUGUGUAGGCUUUUUGCAGAAGAUCUUACUAACUGACCUAUUUUCUGUGAACAUUUGUGACUGCCCAUUCCCCAUCAUCAUCCGUUUUACCUUAGUUAGCAUUUUUCUUAUCAUUUUUCUUUUUUUCUUUCCCUCUUCCCCUUUGGACAUAACUUUCUGUUGAAGCUGUUCUUUGGCUGGUUGGUUUUAGUACUGUAAACUGCUUCUGAGCAAACACGGAAAUUUAGCAAAAUUAUGUAAACUUGAUCCUGAAGUUUUAGAAUGGCAAAUAAAUGUACAAUUGUUUACAUAACAGAAAAGGCUAAGCAGAAAGUAAAUUUCAAUAUGUCAGUAUAGAGGCUCUACUUUAUGUAGACUUAAAUUAAUGUGAGAUAUGUACCUUCAUAUUCAGAAAUCUGGAUGUUUCCUUCAUACAUUAAACUAUUAAUAAGCAUAACUUUUCUACUGGUGUAAUUUAAGUAUAAAGUAAAAUAAUGGGCAUUAUCAUUGGAUGUUUCCCCACAUUGGCUUUUAAAAUACCCAUCUUGCUUUCUUUUUGGUUUAUUUGUAGCAAGGCACAUAUAGAAGAAGAAAUUUCUGGCUUUUCCAUGUUGUUUUAUUACCUUUUCUCACUUUUAAAACUAAUACACACUUAUCUCCUCACUCCUUUUUCUCUCCUUACCUUUACCACUAAUACCAGUAAAAUUAUCUUUCUGAUAGUGAAAAGGUUCUGUCAAGAUUUUCACUGUAAUGGCUGCUACAGAGAGAUGGACCAUCUUCAUCAUCACCAGUGGUUUCUUCUAAUUAUAAAAUGUUUAAACUUUCUGAGAAUUUAAAAAGCCACCACUGUUCCCAGUCAGCAUAUACAAGCUCUUAAUAUUCUGUUUAUUAAAUAAUUCAAUGUACUAUUUUAUAUUGGAUGAUAUUGAUUCUUAACAUUGGCUUUUCAGUCAUCAACAGUCAACAUAAAAAUUUCAAUUUUCAGUAAUUUAGUGGAAAAUAUCUUAUUUCUUUUUUCAAUUUUAAAGGCUUCCUGCUUUUUUACCCUUGUAUAUUAUCAGUGAAAAGGAUCAACAGUUAAUUUGAGCCAAGUAAUAAAAGAAAUUUUGCAUUUGUCACAAAGACAAUUUAUGGUAGACAGAUAAAUACACAGAUUACAGUAUAAAGUCUCCAUUUAACCUGUUUAUAAAAGAUACAGGGCCACACUAAACUACUCAGUGGGAUUUAUAUAUUCCAUCCACUUGAAACAAUAAACAGUAAUGUAUCCAAGAAGAUUAUGUGUCCUACCCUGUCUCAUGGAAAAAGUAAUUAUAUGGUUGAAAUGUAAAAGAAAGUAAGCAUAAAAAUCGAGUAAUGUAUAUAUCAA